AUGAAUCUAGGAGCCUCAAGAAAUGGUUCAGUUGUAACUGAGUUUGUUCUGCUGGGCUUAACAGAAACUCCACUUCUUCAGCCCAUCCUCUUUGCCUUCUUCCUUCUUGCUUAUGUGGCUACUAUUGGUGGAAACUUCAGUAUCCUGGCUGCCAUCCUCUUUGAGCCCAAACUCCACACCCCCAUGUACUUCUUCCUGGGGAAUCUAUCACUGCUGGAUGUUGGAUGCAUCACUGUCACUGUCCCUGCCAUGCUCAGGCAUCUCAUAUCCAGUGAUAGAAGCAUUCCUUAUAGGGCCUGCCUCUCACAGCUUUUCUUUUUCCACCUCCUGGCUGGGGUGGACUGCUUCCUGCUGACUGUCAUGGCCUAUGACCGCUACCUGGCCAUCUGCCAGCCCCUCACCUACAGUACCCGCAUGAGCUGGAGAAUCCAGCAAGCCCUGGUGGGAAUGUCAUGUGUCUUUUCCUUCACCAAUGCACUAACCCAAACUGUUGCCUUGUCUACUCUUAAAUUCUGUGGUCCCAAUUUGAUCAAUCACUUCUACUGUGACCUCCCACAGCUCUUCCAGCUCUCCUGCUCUAGCAUCCAUCUCAAUGAGCAGUUGCUCUUUGUAGCAGCAGCUUUCAUGGGUGUGGCCCCCUUGGUCCUCAUCACAGUGUCAUAUGCCCAAGUGGUGGCUGCUGUGCUACAAAUUCGUUCUGCCGAAGGCAGGAAGAAAGCCUUCUCUACAUGCAGCUCCCACCUCACUGUGGUGGGCAUCUUCUAUGGGACCGGGGUCUUCAGCUACAUGAGACUGGGUUCAGUGGAGGCUUCAGACAAGGACAAGGGGAUUGGCAUCCUCAACACUGUCAUCAGCCCCAUGAUGAACCCACUCAUCUACAGCCUUAGGAACCCUGAUGUGCAGGGCGCCCUGCAGCGGGUGCUCACAGGAAGACAGGCUCCAAAGUGA